GGGCGGAAGGGGCCGGCCCGGCCGCCAGAGGAACCCGAGAGGCAGCCCGGAGACGUGGAAGCGCCACAGCCAUGGCUACCCCGAAAGCCUCCGUGGCGGCUGGCGGCUCCUCCUCGGCUGGCGGCGGCACGAACUUGCUCUUCUCCUCGUCGGCCACCGAGUUCAAUUUCACGGUUCCCUUCAUCCCCGUCAGCCAAGCCCCUGCCCCUCCGCCUCCUCCAGCCGCUGCUGCUGCCGCCGCCGCCUCGGGGCCUGGUCUCCUGCCCGCAGGUAACUCGGCUUGGACAUCUUCGUAGGUCCCCCCACCCCACCCCGCCACACACACCAGGGUUGCUUUUCUGUGGGUGGCCCGCGCCCGAGGGGCUCGUGGGCAGGUGAAAAGGCGCGCCCCUUUGUUUGCAGGUGGUGUCGCCCAUCUCCCCGUUCCUCUCGCGGAGGACUCGCCAACUGGGCAGAUAGGCACGGGAAGCUUGUUUGUGUGAAAGUGCUGCCUUUGGAGGGACUUGGGAGGGAAGAGGCUUGCGUGCCUCCGAAAGGAAGCCCGUGAUCGAGAAGGUGUCGUGGCUUAAUUCGUGCCAGACGUCGGAUCCGCUAGUGGCGUCUGUGAGCCGGAAGCCUCACCGGCCAAGAGCCGCCCGCAGGUCUUUCACCAGUUGCUCUUGAUGUGAAUGGUCGCCUCUCAGCCUUUCCAUAGAGAUGUCACACAGGCUCUGGUCCUGUUCUCCCCUUCCCUAUAAGCAGUGCUUUUUAAUUAUUAUUUUUUAAAAAAAUGUUUAGGGGUAUUCUCAUUCUGACUCAAGAAAAUCACCAUUUUUAUAGUUCACAUCGGGAAAAAUAAAUACAGUAAAUGGACAAAAGUACAAAGAUUCACAAAAUGUUUAGGGGUAUGUGUCCCCCUGUGUCUGCCCCAGAAAAAAGCACUUCCUAUAAGUUGCCAGAUUCGAGCAUUCCCAUCAUCCAAUGACUGCAGCUCAUAAAAGUUUACAUAACAAUGAACCGGUAGGUCUUUUAAGGAGCCACUCUGCUUCCCAUUGUGUGAUUACAAUGAAUUUGGGGGUGAGGUGGAGGAAGGGCAUUCCCAGUUAAUAAGUAUUGUUUCCAGAUUGAGUUGGGCAUUUGUAUAUACUUUUUAUUGAAACAAAGGAUUGGAAGGCACAGGCAUGUUAUGGUGGUGAUUCGUGGCUGGGAGAACUUGUUGAUGAUGGGGCUUUGGGGAAGGGAGUAGAUUAUGGAGGGUCUGUAACACUGUGAAGCAUGGGAGAAUAGCACAGGGAUGUAUGGAGAUUAGCCUCCAAAUCUGAUGCCUGGGAAGUUGUUAAUGUAACAUCAGGUUUGUUUUUUUUAAAAAGGACCCAAGAGGGAUCCUGGAAAUUAUAGGCUAUAGCAUCGCAAACUAGUAUUGCUAAAGAUGAAAUAACUAAGUAUAUAAAAGAAAAAGCCUUGCUGAAGCAGAACUAACGUGGCUUCUGCAAGGGUAAGUCCUGGCUCACUUGUCAACCUUGGCCCUUGGGGAAUGGGAGUGGGGAAAGGAUCCAGUCUGUUGGCUGGAUUCAGUUCCCUAUCCCUAUCUUACAGUGGUGAGGCAUUUCCUAGGGGCAACAUUUUUGGAGAGAAUACUAGGUAGAUCUUGAAUUAGGCUAGCUACAUCCUUAAUGACUCUGCUGUACUAACAGGCGGGUUAGAGGAUAACACUCUUAACACUGAUUGUGGCCACUGUUACUUGGUGCAUGGCUGCUGAGUGUAUACUGUGUUGUCCUGUAAUAUUUAGUUUUAGGACUACGUUUUUUGCUGAUAACUAUGCAUGAUAAAUGCAGAUACUGAACACACAUGGUAACAGGCAAACUUGCCUGUUUACACGUGCAGAUCAAGUUCAUGCUAAAAGAGCAUUAAAGAGAAUAUAAUUACUUAUGCUGAAUUUUGGGGAAAGUUUGUCACUGGGUGUUUUCAAACUCCUCCAGAGAGUUGUAGUUCUUUGUAAAAACAAUAACAAGCUCUGUGCUUCGUUAAUCCCUCAGGCUGGAUUCUUGAUUAUCUUGUCAGUGUGGGAGCCCUGGCAUUCACUUUCAUUUUGCCUAUUCCACUGGAUUACAGGUAGAUUUUAUGCUGUGGCUGCCUUCCAUUUUGGCAGCGUUCUAAAAUCCAGCAGCUCAUGCUACACAGCCAGUCCUCACUACUUUUUGUUUGUACUUAAUAGCUUUUUAGAGUAGGGUUUGUUUAUUUGCAUGUUUUGUUCUUUUCAUCUUGUGCUUAUUGAAGAUGAUGUGACUACCUUUGAUGAUAAAACAUUUGCUGGUGUGAACUAGGCAGAAGUCCUACCUUUUCUGUUCUUCUAAUAGGGUGAAAAUGUGGAUUGUGAUUUCCCCCCAAACCUCUUAGGAAAAGCAAAAUGCUUCAUCUUACACAUUGCUACAGUGGUUCCUUGGUUUAAGAACAGUUUAGUUUAGGAACAACUCGGAUUAAGAACGCUGCAAACCCAGAAGUAGGUGUUUUGGUUUGUGAACUUUGCCUUGGAAUAAGAACAUGUUUUGCUUCCUGUUGAGUGUAAAUUGAGUCCCCACCCCUAUGGGGAAGCAUGCCUUGGUUUAAGAACGGACUUCCGGAACUGGUUAAGUUCGUAAACCAAGGUUCCACUGUAUAGACAUUGAUAUGUGCAUUUCAGAGGCCUUUGGAAGCUUGGAUUCCCUUUUGGGUAGUGCGAGAGAUUGCAAAUGAAGGUUAUGUUAUAGCUAAUUAUGUUUGGGAAUAAUCUGCAUUUUAUGCUAGCAAUGUCAUUUGAAAAUUCUAGGCUUAUGUAAGAGGAAGUAGUUCAAAAAUAGUAUUUGCUCUAAAUGUGUUCAUGUCUAAAUGUGACAGUAGUGUAAAAGACAGAAUAGCAAGACAUAUUAAAGAGCGGAAAUAAAAUAACAACACUGCAAUGUUUGACAACCUGCUUUGAAGUCUCUCAUUAUUUGUUACUAUUUGAAGUAAUUUUCAAAAGAAAAGUAUACAAUUUAUCCAGGGGGAAGGAUGAAAGCACAGUUCUAAAGAACUGAGUUAAAUGUCUGGGCAAUUAAAAUCCAUCUGCAGGUACAGGCAAUACAUAUAUAUAUAUAUAUAUAUAUAUAUAUGGGGAUGCACAUUGACAGUGUGCAUUCCUGCAUGUAUCCCAAAUUGGCAGGCUCUCUGAAUCACACCACACUGUUAACAAACACCUGUGAGAAAUGUUAAAAGCACAAUGCACUCAGAAUGUGUUAUUUAAAAAAAUGUAUAUAUUCCUAUUCAGUAAACAUGUAUCUAAAUAAAGUGUUUUCACAGUGCUUCCAAAAAAUGUUGACUCAUGAUUUGUAAAUAUCAGAAUGGAAAGAGUCCAGGGGCUGGAAUGUCACCACUGAGAAUACAUCUCUUAGUGUGGUAUGCAGACCACUUGAAAGCGUGUCUCAGAAGGUUCUUUUAAGUAAUGAUGUAUGCAUAAGCCUUACACACAUUAAAACCACUAGUGAGUUAGUUGGCCAAGUGAUUUUGUCAAUUUAAUAGGUGAUUCAAAACUCUGCUUUUGGAACUGAAACCAGAAAACCUUCAUACAAGGAAAAGUCUCAGUUCUCCAAGAUAAUGUGCUGCAGUGAACAAGAAAGGAACGGGACUGGAUAAAUUUUCCUAUUUGGGGGGAAAUGUUUAAAACAGGCAGUACUACCAAUAGUUUCUCCACAUAAGCUUCCCUUUCUUUCAAUAAUCCUUGUAUCCUUUGUUGUAGACGAUACGACUGAUGUUGGUGAAGAAGACAGCUUCCUGGGGCAGACCUCUGCAAAUCCUAACCCCCCGCCAACUUUCAGUUAUUUCUCCCAAGUUCCUAGCAGCAGUGAUCCCUUUGGAAGCAUUGGGCAGCCACCCUUAGGCGCAACAUCCCCACCCCAAGCUGGAACAUCUGUUUUCUCUAAGACUUCAGCUUCUCUCCCACUUCUGCCUGGAUCACAAGAUGGGCCAAAUGCUUUCUCAGCUCCUCUUUCCAAAUCACAGCCUUUUAAUGCGCCACCUGCUUCAGGAAUUGGUUCAUACACUGGUCCCCCACCAGCUGGCUUCUCAACUCCUCCUCAUGCCAUAUCGCAGCAAGGCUACAACCCAUAUCGCCAUACUACUUUAAGCAGUAGAGCUAAUCCUUACAUCACUCCACCGCAACUUCAACAGACACAAACACCCACCCAGAACGUUCAGCCUCCAGCCUCUGUACCACCUAUGCACAUGUAUGCGACUCCAGGGACAUUGCCACCGGUACGGAAAGUGAUUUUUAGCUUUUGGAAUUGGUAUAAAACUUUUAAGGGUCUUCUCGUGACCUAGCUUGCCCUGUCCUGCAUCUUCCAGCACCUCCAUUAGUUCAAAGUAGUAAUUACUAAAUUCAGGGGGAGGGAAAGAGAAUUGGAAAAUAUUGAACAGUUGAUAGACAAAACAAGAAAUGGCAGUAUUUUAAAGCAUUAAUUUAGUAUGAUGAACAAUGAGAGUUAUGCUACAAAAGCUUCCUUUUGGAACCCUCUAGAGUCUAGACAUUCCCUGAAACUUUACAGAACACUGCCAGAUCCCAGGGCAAAGAUAAAAUAGGUAAAUAAGAUUGUUCUUGAUUAUAUGGAAUAUUCUUAAUUUUUGUUAAUAAAAUCACUUCUAGACUGCUUUUCAUUGAAAAAGUAGAAAUAAAGUACCGUAUUUUUUGCUCUAUAGGAUGCACCAGACCAUAGGAUGCACCGGACCAUAGGAGGGGGAGAACAGGCCAAAAAAAAAAUUAAUUCUUGUUCUACCCCUCUAAAACAAGGUGCGUUCAAGAUGCAUUCACCCAAAGCCUCCGGAGUUACUGCUGUGCUCUGGAGGCUUCAGGUUCCUUUUGACCUGCUCUUUGGGGCUGGCGGGGGGAAGCGCUGCUUUCCCCCACCACCUGCCCCAAAGAGCAGGUCGGGGAACAGUGCAAAGGCUGCGGCAGCCUUGCCACUGCCCCCCGAGCUUGUGGGGCUGCUUUCCCCCACCGCUAGCCCCAAAGAGCAGGUCAGGGAACAGUGCAAAGGCUGCGCGCAGCCUUGCUGCUGCCCCCCGAGCCGGUGGGGCUGGCGGUGGGGGGAAGCGCUGCUUUCCCCCACUGCCAGCCUCAAAGAUCCCUGAAGCCUUUGGAGCGCAGCGGGAUCUUGUGCUGCGCUCCAAAGGCUUCGGGUUCCUUUCGCUGACCCAAAGCCUUUGGAGCGCAGCGCGAGUUCCCGCUGCACUCCAAAGGUUUGACGCUUUGGGGCAGUGUUUGUAGCCUCCGCAGGGCAGCGGAGUGAAGGCACCCCACUGCCCUGUGGAGGCUUUGCACAGCCAACCCCAAGCUAGAACAGCGAGACGGAGCGCUGCGCAUCGCUCCGUCUCCCUGUUCUGGCUUUGGGCUUAGCUCCGCAGCCUGCAUUCGCUCUAUAGGACGCACACACAUUUCCCCUUAAUUUUUGGAGGGGGAAAAGUGCAUCCUAUAGAGCGAAAAAUAUGGUAAUGUAUCUAUAAAACAGCACCACUAUAGUACCAGAAUAAUUGUGAACUGGCAUCAGCCAUCAGGGACGAGAGUACUGAUGAUAUUUAAGCAAAUCAAAUGAUAGACAUUAGAAAAUAUUUGACCCAAAUAUUUGACCCAAACAUGCGCACACAUACAGACACAAAUUAGGUUUUGCAUUAAACUUGAUAACUUGGAAACCUACACUGAAUUGGAUGCUGAUAGAGGGCUUUGGAGAAGGAACCUCACUCUGAAUCAAGCUUGUGUUUAAUGACAUAGUAAUCAAAUGUAUGGAAUGAAGAAUCUCAGGAUCAUUUUGUUGGAUCUGACCAAUUCUAGAAUUUAAUAAAUGUAUGAUAAUAAUGUACAUGAUCAAUGUAAUCUGGAGGGCAGUGAAUGUUGUGUUUAUAAUAACCUUUUAAAAUUGAGAAUUGUAUAUAUUUAAACUGGUUUCAUUUUCAGUUUUCUUCGCCUCAGUCAGCAUUGCCGCCUGUGGCUCCCAUGUCAGCAGGCCCUUUGGUGAAAGCACCUCCCAUCUUACUACAUAACCAAUACGAGCCAGUUCAGCCCCAUUGGUUUUAUUGCAAGGAGGUGGAAAACAAGGAGCUAUGGAUGCCAUUCAGUGUCCUAGAUUCUACAACACUAGAGGAAGUUUAUAACUCUGGUAAGGCCUCUGCGCUUUUCAUUUAUGUGAUGGCUUUUUGGCUUUGAAAAUAAAGACGACUAACAAAUUGCUGAUGAUUUACAAUGAGAAGGCAGAAAUACUAACCCGUCCCAAUCUAGUACCCUCCAGACAUUUUGGUCUGCAACUCCAAUCAGCUGCAGACAGCAUUACCAAUGUUCAGUCCAAAACAUCUGGAAGGCACCAGGCUGAAGAAGACUUCUGUAUACAUUUGCAUAUAUUUGCAUAUUCUUAUGCUGGUGUUUCUUAAAUGGGAACGUGAUAUAUGUUCAGUUCCACAUUCAGAUUUCAGAUUGACUUUUGUGUAUAAAUCCCAUGUCCUGAUUUUGUUUUCAUAGGCAGCUCUUUGUUUCAGUCAUCUUGGCAACUUCUAUGUGAGCAAUUAGAAAGGCAUAGUUUGCUGGUAGCCAGUUCACAGAAUUGUAGAAAUGGAAGAUACCCCAACUAGGGUAAUCUAGUCCAAACCCCUGGGAUGCAAGAAUCACAACUAAAUAAUCCCUGAGAGAUUGUCAUCCAAUCUCCUUUUAAAAAACCUCCAAUGAAGGAGAGUCCCCCACCUCCUGAUGGGAGUCCAUUCCAUUGCCAUACAGCUCUUAACUGUCAUAAAGUCAUUCCUAAUGUUGAAUCAGAAUCUUGUUUCUUGUAACUGUAAUCCAUUGGUUUGGGUCUUCCCUCUGGGAGUAGCAGAAAACAAGCUUGCUCCAUCUUCCAGGUGGCAGCCCUUCAGAUAUUUGAAGAUGACAAUCAUAUCACAGAAUUAUUGCCUGUGAGAAUGCUUGUGUAUGUUGUAUACUGCCUACAUUCAGAUCCACACCAGUGAACAUAGUGAAACAACUGGAGAAAGAGACAUGCAGUGACAAGUCUAGAAAUCUUUCAAAAGUGCCAAGAUUCCCAGUAACACAUUUGGUUUGACCUCUCUGUUUCAUUGUUCUAAUAUAAAAUUUGAAGAGAAGGAAAAGUGAAUAUUUCCUUCUUGUUUCUAAAUAUGCGUAAGUUUAUCAGUUGAAGGAUUCCAAGCUAAUAAAACAUUUUUUAAUGCUUCUAGUGCAACCUGAUCCAGAGAAUGUUGUCCUGAGUACUGACGGAGGACGUUAUGAUGUUUAUCUCUAUGACCGAGUGAGGAAAGCUGUAUAUUGGGAAGAAGAGCCAUCUGAAGUGAGAAGAUGUACUUGGUUUUAUAAGGGAGAUCAAGACAGCAGGUUUAUUCCUUACACUGAGGAUUUCAGCGAAAAGCUAGAGGUGAGUGUUCUUAAAUUGGCUGAAUAAUAAAUGUGUGUGAUGUCUUACUGAAAAUUGGAAUUUGAAAGGGCUCAGAUUUUAUGGGAAGAUAAAAAAUACUCACUGUGGAGUGUUGAUAAAAUGUGGAAGAAAUCCUGGUCUGUAUUAUUGCUAUUGUUACUGCUGGUGGCGGUGUACAAUGACCAACAUUAUUAUUAUUAUUUUGCAUCUGAAAUACUGUUGUAAGAUCAGUGAAGUGUGCUUCAUCCACAUGGUCCUGGUUAUUCACUGAUAUUUCUAAUAAACAUAAAGGAGGUUAGGGUGUUCUGCACUACCGCGAUUUGUCUUUAAAUGGGGUAAAUUGAACUUUAUGUUGAUGCUCAACCUACUCUGAGAUUCAGCUUCAGAGUAGCAGAAUAUCUAUGGCCGGUGGGGGAAACAUAUAUAUAUAUUCCUUUUGCUCCUACUCUGUAUUUUAAAAUGCAGGCCAACUUGGGAUUUUGGGUUAGCAGGCAGGCUAGAAAAACACUGAAUAAGUACAUGGAAACAGUAAUGUACACAGUGACAUACAGCAUUGUUUGAAUAGAUUUCUGCUCAUGUGUUAUGACUUCCAUCUCCUCCCCUCCCCUCUGUGCCCCUACCACAUGCCCCACCCCAAAAUCUGUACUGGCAGCAAGCUGGAGGGAUCCUCCAGAGGAGGUUUCAAGGACAUGAGGGACUACAGAGGGGAUCAGAGGAUGGGGAAGUUCUGUUGUGCAAGCUAAAUUCAAAAUAUUGGAGUUUUGAUACUACAGGAUUGUCAAUAAAUGAAUGUGGUAUAAGCUGUUUAUGGCACUGUCCUUUGACAUGACAUCUUGAUUUUAUGAUUUUGCAAAACUGUUUUUCCCCCCAGGCAGAGUAUAAGAAAGCUGUUACCACAAAUCAGUGGCAUCGGCGACUGGAAUUUCCAGGUGGAGAAACUAUUGUUAUGCAUAAUCCUAAGGUAAUAAGAAUUUUUAUUGCACAAUAGCAUUGCAUGUGUGGUUAGAGCAGUAUGUGAAACUCAGCGUAACUUGAGCUUCUGUUCACGGAAGGUGCCUGCCUCCACUUCCAAUUUCUCACAGUCUCUUCCUCAGUGCCACAACUGAUCCCACUCUGCAGGAUCUCCUGACCCUUGGGGGCUAGAGAUGCAGAAGAGUCAUUCUCCACCCACCCUGUUCCUUGAAUGCACCUUUGGUUGUAACCCCAAGGGUUUAAAUGUAGUGUGUUGCCACUGAUUUUUUUCAGGUUAUAGUUCAGUUCCAGCCUUCUGCAAUACCAGAUGAAUGGGGCACCAUACAAGAUGGGCAGACUAGGCCAAGAGUGGUAAAACGUGGAAUUGAUGAGGAUCAUGAGGAAAUUCCAGAUGGUGAGUGGUUUAGGACAGAGGGCUCUCAUAUUAGCUUAUUCCCCCCCCCCUUAAUAAAUAAUGGCGUAGAAUGCGGGCCAUACGUUUUCCAUGCCCUAAGUGUAGCAGAGUUUGUUGGACUUUUCUGAUUUGGUUGACUUUGCCAGCAAGGGGCCUAAUGAGGUAGUUCCAUGGAGAUAAAUUCAGGUUUAUUUGGGGGAGGAGAACCCUCCCAUCUAUUCCUUACUUCAUUAAUAUUACAAGUUUUAAAUUGCUUCCUCAUCCCAAAUGGCCCUCCAAGCGGUGAACAACAACAACAAAAAUAUGGAAAUAGACAAAUGCACCUUUAGAGAUAUGAUCUGAUUGCAAUAAAUAUUUAUAUAAAAAUCUGUCACUUUCCUAAGCUUGUUCCUUUUUUUAAUUUAGCUGUGGGUCCCUGCUACCAACCUCUUUGUGUCUGUUGUGUGGGGGUGAAGAGGGAACAUGGGAAUCUUCCGCCUCUAUGCAGUUAACAGUGUAGUUUGCUGGCAAGUUGUGCUGUAGUUCAGGUCCUGCUCUGGAAGCCAAUUGGCCAUGCUGGUUGGUUUCUUGUGGCAAGGCCUCAGACUGGAUUGGAGGGAAAGCAUUUAAUACAUGGUUAGGAAGCCUUAGGCUCUUCAGAUGUUGCUUAAGUCCAAGUCCCAUCAAACCCAUUUGGCAUGGUCAGAAAUGAUGGGAGUUCUAUUCCAGAAACAAAAAGAGGGCGAGAGAUUCCCAAUUGCUAUUUAAUGAAAGCUGUUGCUAUUUCUUUUCACUUUUAUAGGUGAGGUGUCUCAAAUCGAUCAUCUAGUAUUCAUGGUCCACGGCAUUGGCCCUGUCUGUGAUCUGCGAUUCAGAAGCAUCGUUGAAUGUGGUGUGUGUUUAGACCGUGUGUACGCAGGAGUUUCUUUUGCUGAUAUCUUAUUGUGUCCUACUUGCUUACUCUUGUCAGCAUUUAUAUAUUAUUGAUAAGUUACGUUAUUGUUGAUUAAUGCAGGAGUGGGGAACAUCAACCAUGGGGGUUCAAUACAGGCCUCCAGGUUUCUCUGUCUGGCCCUAGGAGUACCCAACCCCGUUCUGCCACCUCCCCAACCUGCUCCUCAGCAGCUGUGUUCCACACCAUUCUGCAGUGUGUCCUUGAACUGAUAAUACCUAUUGCUUUGCUUGGAUAUGGGUAUGGAGAUGUUAGGAUUAGAGUCCCCCAGAGUUUCCUGGCUCAAUGGUUAAUUAGCAGAGUCGCAGACCUCUUGCUGUAGCUUGCACUCCAAUAAAAAACAGAAGAGUCAUUAGUAAUAAUUUGCUAAAAAUAAUUUACUAAUGCAUGAAUCUUGUAGUUCUUUGUCAAAGCCUUGACAAGGUGCAUCUUGAGCAAAAAGAGCAGUUCAUAUAAAAUCCAACACUAUACAAGAAUACACUGAGAGUGAGAAGGAAAGAAUCCAGGCAGAGAGAUAGAGAAUCGAAAGUAAAAUGAAACUGCUCGCUGGGUAGCUGAUGUUUGUUCCCAGUGACCUUGAAGUGAGAUGUAGUCAAAACAAUAUCCAGCUUGCUUCUUCGCAGAAAUGAAAAGUGCCGACCAGCUAGAAUUCCGUACAGAAUGUUCCAGCUUCAGCUUCUGCACAUACAAAGAAUAUGCUAGAAAAAAACUUCUGUUUACUUUGAUAAACUGGAAAUAGUUUCUGUACCUGAGAAACGCCAUUAACCCUGGCAGGAGAUAUAUGUGUGUAGAAACUUUUAUGUGGCAGGAAUGUAGCCUACUGUUCAAAGGCAAGUGUUGCCUUCACUUUCCUACACACCUUGUGCCAUUCACCCCACCUAUUUUUGCCCCUCACCUUGCCCACCUUUGGCAUGUGCCCCCUAGAAGGGGGGGUGUCUAGAAGGGAAUGUGUCUGUUAUCCUGAAAAAGAUUCCCCACCUUUGCCAUAGGAGCAUAUAAUCAUGGGUCCAUAGGCUUUUAUGGCACACCACCUAUUAGAUAUCAUGUGUCAAGGGUGCUUCCCAGCUGCAGAAUGCACAUGGCAGGUAGUGAAGUAUUUAUGUCAAAGGUAACACUUCCAGUCACUUCUACAGCUCUGAAUAUCUAUACACAUCAGUCUAAUGGUUAGGCAGUUAUUCCCCUGCCAAAUUGCAGCAACCCUCCACCAGUUUAUGUACCUCCCUUUGAUAGGCUAUGUGCACUUAGCUUAGGACUGCGCCUGCGUGGAAACUUUCUCAGUUUCCUCAAGGUUCUGGGAGACAGUGGUGCAGGAGAAGGCAGAGAAGCACCCAGCUCUUCUCUUGCCUCUUCCUCCUCUUCUGACUCAUCCUGUUCUCUACCCUCCAGCUCUGAAGCUUCCUCUGCCUCUGAUUCUUGCCUCCUGGCCAGUACAGGCCCCCACAAAACACUGCCCCCCCUCUCCUGAGUCAGACUCCAGCCCCCUGCCCGCAUUGCAUCAGUGGCUUGCCAGUCCCUGACAUCAUUUGGAAACAGCUUUCAAUCACUCCAAUGGAUGCCGCAUCAAAAUAUCCUUUUAAAACUGAAUUAAAAAUAUAUUUGGAUGGAAGGGGAAAUGAAAAGAUGUACUGUUGUUUUCUUUCUGAAGGGAAGGACAUGUUUACUAUAUAGGUAGAUUAGCCAGUGGUCAGUGAGGGGAAAACAGCAUUAUUUAGUUUUGUUGAUGUAAUUAUUUUGUAAAUAGAAGGCAUGACAACCCCUUCGUCAGAAGGAAAGAAUACAAGAAUUGCUUCUGCAGCCUUUUCCCAGUGUGGCUUUCUAAUGUUUAAAUGGGUAUCACUUCAAAGUCAUAUGAGAUUUUAAAAGCAAAAUCAGACUGAAACAAUGUGAAACUUUAGCUCUGUCUAAUUAAUGACUUAGUUUUUGAUUUGUACUGUAGUUAUUGUUUUACAAAUUUACACUUAUUUAUACAGUUUAUGAAAUGGAAAGUUUUGAUUAGAUUAGCAAGACUUCAAAAGUGUAAAGAAGUGUUGGAAAAUAUAUUUGAACACACGUAAUGGGUAUCAAUUUGUGCAGUUACCAUUAACCUCUUCUUUUCUUCCAUUUUUAAAGUUGAUGAUUUUCGGACAGUGUCUCUGAAAUUGUUGCAGUCGCAUUUUAGAAAGUCAGUAGAAGAGCUUAAAGUGAGCAGGGUCGAGUUCCUGCCAGUUCACUGGCAUAGUACUCUUCAUGGAGAUGCAACCGGAGUGGAUAGGUAGGUCUAAAAUACUGAAGUACCAAAACACAGUUAUUCUCCAAACUUCUAAUCUGUUUCAGCAGGGCUAGCUUGUUGUUUGAUCAUUGAUCACUGUCCCAGAGAUGAGCUGCUGAGACAAUAAUGUGAUAGAAUGUUUUAACUGAAAACUGCUCAAAUGUGUAUUGCAGGUUGAGAAUGAAUUGCCACAAGCUGAAUAGUCCUAUAACCCUCACUAUAACUUGUCUCAUUAAAUUAAAAGAGAUCAUUGAAUCUGGUUUAGCGGAUGCUAUUAAAAGUGAUCAUAACGUAAUUGUGUUAAGAGUUAUGUGGCUUAUCAUAAUGGAAACAAGCCAAAGGCAGCCUUGGACUUGCACUCUUUUUUGGUGCAGCUACAAUAAGAUCAGAAGCAUUUGGUUCUGUUAAUGAUUAGUCGCAGUUUAAUGUUACACCCAACGGCAGCGUCAUGAGGGGCGGUGCUCUCUGGCCAACCGGCUGGCUGGCUGGAGCGCAACUUCCUUCGAUGCUGCUGCAUGAGGGAAACACUCCCUACCUGCACGCAGGAACUGAUCUAGGGAGUGUUUCCUGCCUGCAGCUGCGUGGGGGAAGGGGCUCAACAACUUUGGGCCAUCUCCCCUCAUUAAAAUUGAGUCCCCCAAAAUAGGGGGGGGGAUCUUAUACACGAAGGCAUCUAGUAGAGUGAAAAGUACAGUACUAUAUAGUGCAGACUCUAUAUAAAUGGUAGGGCCUGUAUCCAGCAGUGUUGCUCAGCGGACUGUAAGGCUUAUGUUAGUGGAACAGGGAGGGAAGCACUGCACCCCAAAUCUGCUCUGGAGGUUGGAGGACCUUGACUGUAACUAAUAGCUAUUGGGAUCAUCCUGUUUUUAGCUAAGCUCUUUAGUCAUGUAAUGAAAAUGACUUGGCUAUUAAUCUAUUAAUUUUGUGUUCCCAGGAAUAUUAAAAAAAUAACUUUGCCGACCAUUGGACGUCUUCGUCAUUUCACCAACGAGACUCUGCUUGACAUACUGUUUUACAGUAGCCCCACCUACUGUCAAACGAUUGUGGAUAAAGUAGGACUGGAAAUGAACCGUCUCUAUGCACUUUUCAAGAGCAGAAACCCUGAAUUUAAAGGAGGAAUCUCUGUUGCUGGUCAUAGUUUGGGUAAUGCUACAACUUAAAAAUGAUAAGCUUUUUCAACAAAAAGCUAUUUUUAAAAAUUCCACAGUUCUUGAGAGAUGUUGUCCAAUGUUUGGUUUUGUGACUGCUUGGGCACACCAUUGCUGUAAUCUGGUUUGCAUGCACGAAACACCUCUAGGUCAUCUGAAACUCUAAAUAUGUUUGAGAGAACAGAUCAAGAGGUCAGCAUACGUCUUUCUAUUUAAGUUUGGACAAGAUUAAUGCUAUCCUGAAACAUCUUGUUUUGCUUCUCCAGGUUCGUUAAUAUUAUUUGAUAUCCUGUCCAACCAGAAAGAUUGGACUUCCACGGUUAAUUCUGUGGCUUCUGUCGCUGCCAAUGGUAUUGGGAAGGAUGCGGCUGAAUAUGAUCAGCAGGUAUUUGUGCUAAAAAGCAAUUGUUCGUUAAGACUUGUGUGGCUGGCUCUUUUAACUGUUUAAACCAUCUUCAAAACACUGGAAAUAUACAGCCUAGUCAAUUCUCUGUCUACAUACUUUACGGGCUGCCUUUUGCAUGUGGCAGCUGCCUGCAAAAUAAAGAUCCCUGGAAGAUCGGGGGUUUUGGGUAGGGUAUCUGCUGCAGAAGUUACUCUGCCCAGGGAAGCUGUUAAGAGUGAUGUAUAACGGGCAGGCCUCUUAUUCACUGCAAUAACCUGAAUAAGGCUAUUGCUUAGUUACAUUUCCCUGGAUAUACGUUUGACUUCCACAUACUGUUAGGAAUUGGUUUUUUUAUCACAAAUAUUUUUCUUUCUUUCAAGAUGACAGUAGAGUCUAAUUCUGCUGGUUCUGUACAUUCUCUUUCCAACGAUGAGCAUGAUGUGGAGGACGAUAUUCCAACCUUGCAAAGAACCCUGGAAAUGCUUAGCUUGUCUGAGUACAUCAGCACAUUUGAAAAGGAGAAGAUUGACACAGAAUCUCUGGUAUUUACAUUAGCACGGGGAGGUAGCAAGUUAAAAUGGACUGCCGACUAAUUUUACAAAAGAUGGAAAUGUGUAAUCUAGGGGUGGGCAACCUUAACCUUAUUUCAUGUGGUCCUUUCCCUAAUUUCAUGCGGGUGGUAAGGAUGUAGUGGCAGAAAGAGGGGGGGAGAGCACCCUACUUUUAGCUCUCCCUGGCCACUACUAGCAUGUGGCAACCAAUAAAUUAUUCCUGAGGGAAUGCAGCCCUUGACAGAAGAAAGGUUCCCCAUCCUGAUAUAAUGGUUUUAGCAUAACACACCCACCCCAGAUACGUAAAAAAAAAAUACAUUGUGUCAGAAGACGGGGUCACACACCCAUACCUAUACAUGCAUUGCAAGAAAGGGUGGAGGGGUUUGCAACAUAAACCUGUACCUUAGAAAAAAUUACCAGCAUCCAGUCUAAACUAUAGGUCUGUAGCGAUUUUUAUUUUUAUAUAAUAACUUACAUGUGUAUGGCACUUUCAGGGAUCAUUUCUAUAGUUUGUAACUAUAGGAGAAUGUGAGAUUAGAAGCCUGCCGUACUUACAGUCUGGAAUUAAGAUCAAGGGAGGGAAAUGGAGGCAUAUCUAAAUGAAUGAACUAUAUGCUAUUAUUUAAGUUACAGAUAUUUAGGCUUAGUUAAAUGAGUAUAUUUGGACAUGUAUUGCACUAUUUACUUUGCCUGAAAUAGUUAGAAUUUGUGGUUCCAGAAUUUUGUUUGUUGGAGAUCUCUCUUUUACUAAAAUAUGCAAAUAUAAACUGUGUUCUUAAAAAGUGAGUAAGUAAACCUUGAUAUAUUUAUAUAUAUUUACAAAACAGCUGAUGUGUACGAUUGAUGAUCUGAAGGAAAUGGGAAUACCUCUUGGGCCGCGAAAGAAGAUAGCAAACUUUGUAAAAGACAGAGCGGCCAAACAGGUAGGGAAUGAUUGCUUUGCAAGCCAGAACUAUGGCAGUAACAUUUCAGUGUAAUAGAGCUGCUCAAAGAAUUACAAAAUAGGCAUGGUGAGAGUUGGAUAAGAAAGAGUUGGUCAAAGUAGAAUAAUACAGACAGGCACGUUGUACUUCCCAGAAAGCUUAAUACGUACAUAAUAUGUACACAAUGCAAAAGGAAAUAGCAGUUGAAAGGAAAGAGUAACAAGAGUUGCAAAGUUUUAUUUUACAAAACUAUUAGAAAAGAAUACAAUGUAAGCUUGAUACUGUAGCAUCUCCAAAAUACUCCACAAUCAAUACCUGAUUCACACAUUAAAUACUUCCAUUGAGAAGUACACAUACUUAUUUAAAACUGACUACAAUUUAAAUACUAUGAAUUUUAGUACUGGUCGCAUCCAGCUGAAUAACUACCAUGUAUCGUACCGUAUUGGCCCAAAUAUAAGCCGUACUUUUUUUCCAAAUUUCAACCGUGAAAAGUUAAAGUGCUGCUUAGAUUCUCCACCUUACAAAAAUUGGCUUUUACGAUAUCGCUGCUGAAACAGACAUAAGGUAAAAUUGAACGGGUGUGAGUGCCUGCAGAAUUUUAAGGAAGUGGCUUAUAUUCAGGUAUUGUCUCCCCCCCCCCCCAUGAAUUUUAAAGGUGAGGCUUAUAUUUGGGUGUGGCUUAUAUUCGGGCCAAUAUGGUAGUUCUUUAAUGUGAAAUGUUAAGAUGUGUUGAGUCAAGAGAGCCAUACAGGGCAUGAGAUCUAGCCUCAUGACUUGCUUUUCCUGAAUUGUGUAGAGUGGCUUGAGCCAUAGAUUAGCUGAUUUUUAAAAAAGCAGAAUCUAGUGCAAAUGGAUCAUAUUAUUUCAGCGCUUAAAGAUCUUACUAGGCUGUUAGUUUGUUUCUGAAUGCAGUCCAAAGUGUUUGUUGUGAACCAUCAAGUGCUGUAUUCUCUGAGUGCCAGAAGAUCUGAAGAACGUUCUGCUCCUAUGUGGCUAUGAAGGCAGGGCCUCCUGUGUUGCAGCACCCAGACUGUGAUACUCCCUCCGCAUGGCUGUUUGUUUUUGCUUCCUGUUAAGCACCAUUUGAACACUGUGCCAAGCUUUUAGUGGGAUUUGACUGAUAUGGACCUAAUUGACUUGUAAUGUUAUAUAGACUUCUUGAGGUUUAUUUCUUAUUUUGCCUUGUAUGCUGCCUCGGGCACUAAAGUUGGAAUAUAAAUAUUUUAAAAUGAAUGAAUGUUAAAAGGUGAUUUGAGUGAGUUAAGACUUGGUUGAAUACAAUAAUACAAUACAAUAAUUAAACUAAAUAGAACAUAGCAGGGGGGUGGUUUCUUCCCCCCUCCUCCAAAGCUCCUCCAAAGCUUUUGAAAUCUUUGCAUCAAUAGGAACAGAGAAAAGCAGCAUUGGAGAAAAAGGCAGCAGUUGAAGCCAUGAUGCGGACCCAGGAAGAAGCUGCGCAGGCAGCAAAGAAAGUGGUCAGUUUUGCUUCACCUUCAGAAUCUGGUAUGCUCCAGGAUCCAUCCAAGAAAAGGCUUCCAGUUGGAGCUUCAGUUUCCUCUGCCAACAUAGAUUAUGAAUAUUUUGAAGUGGGCACUGGUCAGGUAAGUUUUAUGCAAGUUAAAAUAGUCCUCACUGAUGGAACUGUCUUUUUUUGACACAUACCCCAUUCACAGAACUGGUGCUAUGAUGAUGGGGUCAUAUGUUGUGGAAGCGGUGGGAUCCUGGCCCAGAGAAUGGAGUAAGGGCACAUGAUUCACUUCAGUUGUGGAAGUAUACAAGUGCAUACACUUUGUAUACCAUCCAUUCCUCAGAAACACUGUUUUUUAAAAAAUAUGUUUUUGCUAGGCUUGUCUUGUUAGUAUCAGAUGAGACCUUUGUAUCUGUCUUGUGGGAUACACCUGUGGCUUUCAAGUGGGCUGACUGACAUAUGAAGGAGGUAUUAAUCAUCUCUUUUUUAAUUCUUUGUCUUCUAGGUGUCUGUGGUAUAUAGUGCACUUGACUUUGAGCCAGACAAUUUCUUUGCUCUGGGUUCGCCAAUUGGUGUAUUUCUCACUGUAAGAGGAGUGGAAAAAAUCGAUGAAAACUACAGGCUCCCCACUUGCAAGGGAUUUUUCAACAUCUAUCAUCCGGUUAGUGAGAAGCACAGGUUUUCAAUCACUUUCAGCGAAAGGACUAUAGACUGACUAUCCAUUUAACACCUAAUUGGAUCUUUUUAAAAGCUCAGGAAAACAAUUUGUUAGGCUGAAACUGAUUUUUAGCACACCUUCAGGUACUUCUGUACCAAUGUAUAUUUAGUUAAGAUAAUUACUUAAGCCCCAUAACAUACAGUGGGCCUGCAAACCAGUGGAAUAGCAGUGCAGUACAUAUACAUAUCUGCUCAGUGGGGCUUACAGGCAAGUAGGUAUAUGACUGCAGUUUUAAGUUUGUUGCACCUCUGCACUGGAUUAUGGUCACACUUUUUUAUUGCAUCAUUAAAUUUUAUUUAAGUAUUCGUUUUAGAAAUAGGUCUCCUGUGGAAAGAGCUUUUUAAGUCCCCUUCCUUAACUGGCUUUGGGGAAGGUCAUGUGAGGCUCCCACAAGACUGAUGUUUAGAUUGAUCACUGCUUUCUUUCUUGUUUCCAGCUCGAUCCAGUUGCUUAUAGGCUAGAACCUAUGAUUAUUCCUGACUUGGACGUAAAACCAGUUCUUGUUCCACAUCAUAAAGGCAGAAAAAGGCUUCAUCUUGGUAAAUAAAGUGUAUUCAUAUAUUUUCUAAUAUAGGGAUCUAGUCAGAAGGCUGGAUCCAGAACUGGCUCACUACUUCACAGGUCAUUUUGAGAAGGUGGGCAGGACCACUCAACUGUCCAUCACCUGAUGUCAGGUGAUUCAGUGUUCACGCUGUGUCUGCAAAGGAAGGGUAGUGAAAUAUUGAAGGUAGUGAAAAUGCUGCCUUUUAUGGUCAGAGAGCUGGCAGCAUUUUUCUUAUCUUUAGUCAUACUUCUGUGUGACCACUAAGACUGAAGAGAAGCAGCUGCUUGCUUUUUGACAGUAAAAGGUGGUGGCAGAGACAGCACAGGAACCAGCAGAGGCAUCAGCUCCAACCUUUGAGAUGCUUGGAUCAGAUAACAGAUCUCCACACCUGUUGUCAUAUGAUGUCAGGUGACUAUGGUUUGCCCCAAAUGGCCCCACAGGCUAAUGGCCCCACAGGCCAUGGGCUGGAAGUUUUCCACCAUUGUUAUAGAUUAUAAUACACAAACAGAAGAAGGUUCAUUCUCAGAAAUAAAAUUUUGCAUAAUUUCACUGACCAUUCUGAAAGAGCAGAUGUGUCAUAAGGCUUUCCCCAUUCACAAUUUUCCCUCUCAGUUUACCAUUUCCCUCUACACUGGGCCUUGCAGAACAAAAAUAUUUUGGGGUCUUCACAUCUCUUAAUAUAAUGGUUAAGGAGACAUGGUGAUCAUAUUCUGUUAUAUCUCUUUAUGAAUGCUUUUGCAGUGCUGUGCAUGUGGUGGCAGCUGUAUAAUCCCUAUUGUUUGUAGUGAGAUAAUUCUCUUAAUUUCUACACAUGGAAAAAGUUUCAGCUGUAAAAUAGUAUCAACUACAGUGGUACCUCGCAAGACGAAUGCCUCGCAAGACGAAAAACGCGCAAGACGAAAGAGUUUUUCAUUUUUUGAGUUGCUUCGCAAGACGAAUUUCCCUAUGGGCUUGCUUCGCAAGACGAAAAACGAAAACGUCUUGCAAGUUUGUUUCCUUUUUCUUAAAACCGUUAAUACCCUAUGGGAAACCGUGCUUCGCAAGACGAAAAAACUUGCAGAACGAAUUAAUUUCGUCUUGCGAGGCACCACUGUACUAUAUUGGCCAAUAAAGCGAGAUGAGUGCCGCAAACCCAGAGUCGGCCAUGACUGGACCUUUAAUGGUCAGGGGUCCCUUUACCUUUACUGAAUUGUGAUAACAUGGGAUGCUUGAGGAUAUUGUCCUUGCAUUUUUAAUGCAUUUCAUUUUUUUGGUAUCGGCUGCCCAAAGUACUAGUUGUCUCAAGUUCCUUUUAGAACUUCAGUACCUCUACAACCCAAAUCUGUCCUGAAGGUGGCAGAAUAGCUCAUUUCAUAGAAGCUAUAUUCAGCUUUUCCUCCUAAAUGCGCUCUAAAUAAGUUGGUGCCUGUGGAAUAAUGCUUGUCUUACAAUUCAUCAUUUCUGUGGCAUUUCUAAUUAUUGGAGAAUGGUUCUUGUUUCAGAAUUGAAGGACUCUCUUUCUCGAAUGGGAUCAGACCUGAAACAGGGUUUCAUCAGCUCGUUGAAAAGUGCUUGGCAAACCCUGAAUGACUUUGCACGUGCUCAUACAUCUUCCAUUCAGCUCCAAGCAGAACUGGAGAAGGUAGCUCAUCAGAUAAAACAGGAAGAAGAAAAAGAUGAGACAGACGGUUAGUUGUUGCAUGGCUAUUAUAUUUUCAGAAAUUACUGUAAAUGUUAAGUGACUGGGACGUGCCCCAGUUUUAUUACCUUUGUAUUAGGAAGUUAAGCUUGAUGCCUUUAGGCUUGAUUCAGAUUCUUACCUAUCAUUCUGAAUAUCUAACCCUGUAGCCUCUGGGUAACUCCCCCAACAUAUAAUCUUUAAAUUUAUUUUUACUUUGAACACUUUCUCUGAAUGAGAGUUUUGUCAAUAACAUUUUUCACUUUGUGUCUUUUGAACUUUUGUUGGCCAAAUUGCAAGCAUCCCCUUGCUAGCUGUACAAACUUCAUGUACAGACCACAUGAAAGUGGGGUAUAUCUCUUGAAAUGAAUUGCCCUUGUAAUACUGUCUCUAGAUGAUACUCUUCUGAGUGACCAGCAGUUUGCCAGCUUCAUCCUGUCUGUGAUUAAUAUGGCUUACCACUGUUUUCCUUGCUUUUGUCAAAGCCGCAAAAGCUUUUUGGUAACAUCAGAAUUUGUGCUAGAGUAAUCAGAUGGAAAUAAUAUAUUAAUAUUGACAAGUACUGAAGGCCUUGAUGGGUCCCGGAAACCUGAUGGGAGUUUUGGCUUUUUUCUUUGAUUAACAGUCCCUACUGUUCCUUGCCACAAACUGUUUUUGAACCUCCCCUCAGUUUUUAAGUGUAGUUUGUAAAAUAGUAUGAAGGCCUGCAGUUUGAGAAACACAACCACAGAAUCCCUUUUGGUAACUGAAACAAGCCACAGAAUUUAAUUUGUAUUUGGGAAGCUUUUUGCUUUGGCUUUUAUGGCAGAAUAUUCUGACUGUUACUUUAUUUGAGCUAAUAUGAUGAAACACCACACAAAUAUUGGCUGUUGUUCUGUUAUUAAAUACUUUGAAAGUUUGACCUCCCGUAACUUAUGCUUCUGUUUUUUACUAUUAGGAAUGCAUAGGAGCUGCCUCGUAGUGACAUACCAUUGGGCCAUCUUGCUGAGCAAGACCAGUGGUCAGGGAUGAUGGGAUGCAGUUCUGUAGGGACUCAGUCAGGAGACUCUGCCAGCCCUACCUGGAGAUAUCGGGGGGUUGAAUCCGACCUGCUUCUAAGGCAGAUGCUCUACUGAGCUUACAGCCCUUCCCACAUUGUGUAGAUAAUAGGAGGAACCCACAGCUGUAACAACCCAGACAAUAUUCCAACAAGCUUAAAAUGGAUAAAGUGUAAUAGGGACUGCAGAAAGGCAGAACCAGGAAUUCAUCAAAGAUUCAAUUUACCAUGUACUUUUCAUGCUCUGUUUCCUUCUGCUGCCACAGAAAAGAUCGUUGAAAGCCCAGAUCUUUCAAAAGAUGAAGACUUGGCUGUAAAAGUUGGUUUGCUAAAUGGAGGACGACGUAUUGAUUAUGUGCUACAAGAAAAACCCAUAGAAAGUUUCAACGAGUAUUUGUUUGCUCUACAGAGUCACUUGUGCUACUGGUAAUAAUAUUUUAUUCUAAUAUGACACACAGCUUCACGUUCUUUCCUGCAUUUAUUUUAGCUGUUUCUUUGCUAGCCUUUUUGGGACUUAUAUGCAGGAGCAGUGCAGGAGCGGGUGGCAAGAAGCCAUCACUGGCAUUGCUGCUUACCUGGGCAGGGUGGGGGUGAGGUCGGGGCCAUGUGGUUGCACCGCUGAACAUGCCGGAUUGACAGGGUCACUCUUGCUGGUGCAACCACACGUCCCUGAUCUUGCCCCCACCCUGCCUCAGCCCUAUCUAGAUAAGCAACAGUGAUGCUGGUGUUGGGAGGGCAGCUACUUGUAUUUUUGUUCAGACUGUUGCACCUGCCACACUGAGGAUCAGAACAUUACAGCAAAUAUACAACGCGGUUUGCUGCGUGUGAAUACCCACACAUUGGUUGCAUCUUAUUUUGUUCAUAAGAUCAGUUUUUGCACCAGAUAAAAGAGUUUUUCACUAUAAUGUUUUUAGUCUGGCUUGAGUUUCUUAGGGCUAGAAUAAAUUUAUGUACAACAGAGUUUUCUGGUCUGUGGCAUAGGGCAGAAAGUGGAUAGACUGGUCAUUGUACCAAUGUGGUCUUGUUGGUAAACCUACAAGAGUUCCCUCUGCUUGUACCAGUGCAGUGUUUGCAGUCACAAAAGGUUAAUGUGAAAUGCCACAUACUGCAGUCCAGACAAAGCACAGAAUUUGCACUCUCCAGUGGAAUGCUGCCCUUUGCAGGCACACCACAGGAUCAGAGCUGCCUACAGCAGUGGGGUUUGGUGGAGAAAAUAAGGACAAGGACUUGGUAUUACUACUACUACUACUACUACUACUACUGUGAUUGUGCUAAUAUUUAACUGAAAGUCUUGUGUGCAUGAGAAAUAUGCCUGAUGUGUACCAGUAAAAGGUGCUUUUCUGGAGACAAACAAAUUGUUUUUAAUGGUGUGUGUGUGUCCAAAAUAUAAAGAUAGUGAUGGGAGUGUUUUUAAGUAUGGGUUUAUGUUUCUUGAGAAACAGUGCAUGAGGAUACUUCCUAUUGAGCAGUUAGUCAUUUAAAAUAACCAUCCAAACAGUAUAUUAAAGUUUGCUCCGGAAUUUUAAUUGACUAGCUGGUGCAAUAAAACGUAUUAUCCUGCUUGUUCUGCAUCUGUGCGGGUUUGCUGUGGGACUAAUGCUGGAAUCUGUUUUGUUUGGUGUAUGCCAAAAACAUAGCUGUAUAUUGUUCUCCGUAAGGUGGCACUCUUUGGCUACUUUUAAUUUAAAAAAAAUCUAUUGAUCAAUAAAUUAUAACAUUAGUAGGCUUCUUAAAAGUAGUUUGGUAGGAAGGGGGCAAAUGAUUACUUACAUAUAGAGCUCCACUUGUUAUCCAGGUAGUAGACAAAUAUAACCCUUUUGUAUUUGUGCAAUAUUUACUCUUGUUCCCUGUGAUUUGCAGCAUAUGGUUGAACAUAUGCAAGGAUUAAUGUAGCAGACCUUUACUUUUCCUGCCCAUCCCAACCUUCUCCCCCCCUUUUUGUAGGGUGUCUUAUUAGGCAUCAGCUCUCUAGUUUUUUUUCUUCUGAGCACAGUGCCUAGACAAUUUUAUAAAUAACUGUAAAAGCAAUAAAUUAGUGAGACUUCUGUGGAGAGAUAAUCUAGCAUUAAAUGCACUGCUUUAAAGAUUGCUGCUAACUCUCUUUGGAGAUGUUCUUAACAACUUCUAAAAAUGAUAUAAAUCUUGAAUUUUGUUUUUUUUAAUAAAAUAUUUAUUGAAAUUUCCAAAGUGUUACAACAUAACAUAAAAGCAGAAGAAAAUACAAAAUAAAAAUAGUUAACAAAGUAGAGAAGGAAGGAAAAAAAAACCCUUCCAACCAUACAAAUACAAAUUCAAGAAAAAGAAAAAAAGACAGAAGAAAAAACAAAAAUACAAUUUAAGAACAUUUAAAAACAAAUUCAUUAUUCUCGAAUCCUCAACUGUCAUUACCUUCUUUCUUUGACCUCCUCCUCCUCCCUUUCUUUGUAUCCUAGUUAUUAAUUAUCCCAGCAAAUCCUUUCCAUAUUUCAUAAUAUUCUGUCAUUACAUUACCCUAAACAGUUUUGAUCUUAUCUUUCUAUAAGAAAUAAACCUUAAAGCUUAUAACUUAAAUCUUAUCCUUACCAACUUCUCAUAACCAUAAUAUUCUUUCAUAAUUCUUUAACCAUCUUUACUAAAGCCGAGUAAUUUCAUUCCAACAUUUUUCUGACAUUCAUCAAUUUUAUAAAACAGUUCUAAUGGUAGAAAAAAGAAAUACAAACAGAUCCAAUCUUCAUCCAACGUCCCUUCCUCCUGGUUCCGGGUUUAGUCAGUCCUUAUUAUCCCAUCGAUCUGGCCCAUUAACCUGGCAACCUUAUAUCCAAGGCCCUCAAGUCUCUUCCAUGUCCCUUUCGCAGCUCUUCUUCAUAUUUGUAACUGUAUUUUCCCUUGUCUCCUGCUCGUGGUAACUCCAGCUUGGCAAUAUUUUUAACCCUUCUCGACAGAUCAGCCCCUUUUCCAUAUUCAGCACUGAAUUCCAUAUGGUAUUUAAAAGCAUGUUUCAAAGACCCUCCAAAAUUAAGAGCCCCCACAAUCCCAAACAUCUCACGGCCCAUUGCCAGAUUUGAAAAGUCCAAACAUCCCAGCAUAGGGGGGUCAAUCCAGCCCCCCAUUUCCAAGCCAAACCAAACUUUUUCUUUCCAAAUCUGGCUUUUUCCAAGUUCAUUUGUCAAAUCCGAAAACUCAUAUUCCUGUUGGGCCUGUUCUGUCAGGACACACUCCUGAUUUAAUUCCUGGGUGGGCUCCACAUAUUUUCCCACUGUCUGUUCAAAAUUUCUAGUCGAAGUCGUCAUCAAAUUCACCUUCUCAUGUAACUGUUCCAGUAGGGCAUUUGUUUUGUAGAAAGCACACAACAAAGCUUCAGAAUACAUUGCCCUGCAAGGUCAAAUGCCUAUUCCCACGAUUGUAGUCUGUAAACGGCUGCCAGCUCCCUGGAGUUGGUUACAGUUUCACAGUCUCCCUCUAGGGGGAAAACUUCUAUUUGAUCUUGCAACAAAGUUUCCCUUUUUGAGAUACCUUGUCAAUAUUUGUUCCUUUGAAAUGCGAAGGGAAACAGUGGAAUCACUAUGUUUCUCUUCUUUUAGCUAUCUGUCAAAAAUGUUUGUCUCUGGUCAAUGAACUUCAAACGUCAGUCCUGACACCCCGCUCCAGGAUCAGGACGGAGGAAAGUUGCUUUACUUUAAACUCACUUUAAACAGUCCAAAAAAAGAUCCCCCCUUCUUCUCCUGCUGUCGAAGGGGGGUUCCACAAUUUUAAAUGAUGAAAUCCAAUCCUUUAAAAGCGAUUUUCUGAGCUCUAGUUUACGUUGUCUUUGCUUUAUUCUAUCUACAGAAGAACGGAAGGCUGACUUCCUGUUUAGACCUUCCCGUUCCGUACCAAAUUGAAAUAGAUUUUUAAAAUCCAAUUCCUUUCUGCUCGCAAGUCCCCAUCUAAUGUCCAGUUGUUCAAAGUCUAAGUACUCACGGGUGCUUAUUUUAGAGUCCAAAUUGUCCCAGGAAAAAGGCAGCGCUCUCCGGCAACGGCUAUGCGGCUUCGCUCCACGGAAAUAGCAGUUGACUCACAGCACCGCGCCACUUUCCCCUCUUCACUUCGGAGCCCGUUAGUGGGUUCCUUAGCGAGUUGGGGGGCGCUGAAGGUGCCCGCCGAGUCCCAUGGUCACAGGCUUCAUCCGCCUGUGAUUUUUGAAAGGGUCCCCGCUUCGCCGUAGCGGAGAAGACCCGUUUCCCGCGGAGCUAGUCCCUCCAGUUCAGAGGGAGUCCGCCAUUGCCGAUGGCGCCACCCCGGAAGUCCUAAAUCUUGAAUUUUGUAAUACAGCUGCUCAGUACAGUAAUCUGGGUUGUGUAGAACAGGUAGAUCGAUUUAAAUCAAUGCUAUUUAGGCUAUGCUCAUCUGAGGGUGGAAAAGACCUGCUUCACCCACAGAGCUCAAUGAGUGUGCUAAAGGAAUCUAUAUUUUUAUUGCACUUGUGACAGUACAGUGUUAGGCACUGAUGGAUGAUGUGUUGGAAUGUAAAGUAACAUGCAGGUUGUUGAGGAAACCAGGCUGCCAGCAACAGAUUGCUUGUGAGGUAUGGGAGGAAAGGUGUUGAGAAGCAAUAAAAGGGACAAAUGAAAGCAUCACAGUGGCAAACUUUCAGUCAGCAAGAUUACAUAUUUAGGUAUUUGUGUCUGCUGCACUUGGAAAAAAAAAUGCUGAAUAGCAAAAAGGUUUCAAGCAGGCAAUUAUUUGGCAAUCAGCAAGUAUUUUUAUUUGCAGGGAAUCAGAAGACACCGCUUUGCUUCUCCUGAAAGAAAUAUAUAGAACUAUGAAUGUUUGUCCUGAACAGCCGCAACAUUGAUGUAUGGAUACCCAUCAUUCAGAAUUUGUAAGUAAUCCUCAAUAUAAACGCAGCACAGGUUGUCCCUACUUGAGAGUACAACUCUCCUUUUGUAGAAUAGGGAAGUGAUGAGAGCUCCUAUUGAUGGGAGAAUGUUAAAUGGCUGAAACUUAGAGACUUUGUUCCCUUGUGUGCAGGUGACAAUAUCUUAGGUGGUUAGCUUAUGCAUUUGCAAUGAAAAGUGCACCUGGAGUAGACUUCUUUGUCCCAUCCAGUUGCAUAAGGCCAUUUCCCUUAUCCCAGCCUUCCAGGUGACUUCAGUAGGCAGGAUACUAGAAGUCAUUUUCUUCCUUUCUCCAUGAUUGUGGCUUGGACUAUGAAGCAGUUAGACUACUACUUACCCUGCAAAUCCACAAUGUGCUUUGGAUAUUUGAGAGAGUGGUGAAAAGAAAAAGUGCGAAUGCUUCAGGCUUCCAGUUUCCUGUGCUGCUUUGCAGUAUUGAAAUCAGAACUUCUGCAUCUUUUUAUGACUGGAUGCAUAAGCUGCACUGAAGCAACACCUAAAGCCCUUGUCAAAGGAAUUUCAAGCUUAUGACAGUUCUGGUAUCUGUUUAGCAUUGCAUUGUUAAAAUAUGACAGUGUGAUCCCCCCCAGCAACUAUGAGAGCAUAAGUAAAUCAAAGGGAUCUGUUUAAAAGAUGGAAGUCACUGUAUUGCAGUGGGCAAAAGUAAUUUUGUGGUGCUCAUAUUUUAGUGACUUGCAAGUUCAUACUAGCCAGGAAUGAGAUUAACUUCUGUUAUUUGUGCCAGCAUCUGUGCUAGCAAGGAGCUAGAUAUCGUCUCUCUUUCGAAAUUAGUUCUUCACAGCUUCAGGUUAGAGAGGGAGGCAGGGAAACGCAACAGAAAAUAAAUCCUAAAUGUAUACAUACCCUUGCAGAAUUAAAUUCUGAAACACUGAACUUAGUUUUAAUUAUUAUUCAAUGGGUUAUGAAGUAUUCCAGCUCAUUUAACUCAUCUGUUAUGUUCAGUUGACAUAGUAGUAUUGUUUAGCAAGGGAAAUGUCUCAGUUUGUGUGCAUUUGUGUGUAGAUUUAAAUGAUUUGAACUGUGCUUGGUGUUUGUUUUAUACUUUGUAAUUGGGUGGCUCUGUUAGGUUCCCUAAACACACUAUGGAACCAGGGUAUCAAAUAUUAAGCAUCAUUUGUUUAAUAUCUUAAUAUUUUCUUUUAACUGCACUUGUUGCAGCUCUGGUAAACAAAUAAAACAUAGCUCUAGAAAUUAUUCCCAGGACUCAGUGAAAUAUACUCAGUUUGGCUCAUCCCAUGCUGCUUCAUGACAUAUUCAUGCUUUGCUUGCUAAGUGAAGCUACAUCUAAAAUAUGCAGAUAAAUGUCUCUGAUCUUAUGCAUAACUUAAAUGUAAACUCAUCCAAUGUACACAAAUAAUAACUUUUUGGAGGGUUUGGCAGAUCCUGUGCUAUCUCCUUGUGAGAGAGCUCAUAGGUAAAAAUAUAAAUGCCAUCAGGUUGGGGGGCGGAGAGAGAGGCUUUCCAGCUGUCUACAAUUAUUGGGCUGCUUCAAAAAGGACAGCACACUUCUUUAAAAGUUUCUUUACUGGCUGUUCAAUAAGAGUGCAUUUUGACAGUGUUUUUCCCCCUUAUUGCUAUACUGCAUCAGGAUGCAACAUACCCAGCUCACCAGAUGCGCACAGUGUCUGUACAGGAUUCUCAAAGGUUCCCUAUGGGCCCUACAUUCUACAAGUAGUGCAGUUGGCCAUUUGAAGCACAGGGCAGCCCGCGCCUCUCCCCAUUUGCCCAUACAGCCUUUCCUCUUGCCUCAAUACAUGUUCAUGUUAACUUGAUAGUCGUAGCCCUUUACAUAAGCUGUGAAACUAACCAAGUUUGCCAUAGCUUACAACUUCUUCUUUUCUUUUUACUCUUCCUUCCAGCCUUUCUAAUCUUUCUGCUGGCCUGCCAACAACCUUUUGAAGAGGCAACACCAAUUCCCUCGUCACAGAUGACAGAAGUGGUUUCAAUCUACAGCCCUCAGCCAUCAUUUUUUACUUUUGUUUUCUUUCUUUUUUUAUUAACUGGGGUGGAGGAAAAGAAAAUGAAGCCUACUGUUCAGAGUACACAUACCUUUUUUUUUUUUUUAAACCAGCCUUGAAUCAUUUGUGGAAGAGUUGCCAAACAUAAAUGACCCUUCAAGAAAUGUGUGGCAUGCAAAUUAAUCUUUAUAAUCUGAUUUAUCAGACUUGUAUUUUCUAUAAGGGCUGUGGUUUGUUUUUUUUUAUAAAAAAAAUAUUAUUGGUAAACAGCAAUAACAACCUUUUUGUUUAAUAAAAAGACCACUUGUCCCACUUCUGCAAGAACUGUGAAGUUCAAACUACUUUAAUACAAAUCUACAUCCAUCCAUUUGUAUUUGUUGAAAUAAAGCAAUUCCUUGCACCUGGUAAGUCUACCACUAAGAUUUUAUAAUGAAAUACCUUCUGAGCCUCUGAGGGAGAGUGUUUUCAAAUGCUUGCGACAUGAAAGUCAACUCUGUAUCAUAGAGAGCAGCUACAAACUGCUUGAUCUUGCUGUAUGGCUUUUUUUUUUUUUUUUUUUGCAGAGGGAGAGUAGAAAAGGAUGAGCCAAGUAAAAUUUUAGUUUGACAGUAGUGACCAGCCUGAGAUGCGGAAGUCUCCAUACAACUUGGGAGACUGGAUUUGCAGAAAUCAAAUACAGUUAUGGCCCUGCAGCAGAAGAGGUGUGUUUUGAUUAUUAGAUUUAAAGGGAGUUUUGGUAUGCCAAGAACAGUCCCCGUGUUGCUUAGUGGAGUAUGAGAAGGUUAGAGAAGUUUCUUAAACACUGGACUCCUAUCACUUUUUUGCUGCUGCUUCUGAUUCCCCCUCUGUAUACUUUCAAUUUUUUCAUUAAAAAUAAAACUGUGAUAGCUUCUAUUUGCUGGUCUUCUACAUAGUGGCUUGUCAUGGAUGAGUAGCCUUUUUGGAAAAAAAGUGGUUUGUGUUGUGUGUUUUUUUGGUGGUAAUGUCCACAUUAUUUUUGAUAUUUGCUUUGUUGCAGCAUUGUGUCUUGAAGAGGGAGGUAAUAGACCAGGUGAUGCUCCAGUUGGAUCAGCUUCUGCCUGCUGUAAAGUCUAUGCAGUUUAAAACCUUCAUAUUCUUAGGUUGAGAGAACUUUCCAUUGCAGUCUAUUAACCUGUAGCUAUUUUAUAUCUCUUUAUAAAUAUAAUAUUGUGGCUAAUACUAAAAGAUACUGUGAUGCCAGCAAGCUUCUGUGCUUGCCUGCCCCCCCCCAGUAAUCUUCACUUUAUCUCAGAAAGCAACAGGAUGUUUUCUGUCUUCCUUUUUCCUCUCUUUCUAAAUAUUCGGUGCUCCAUUCAUCACAAUGAAAUUUCCCUUCAGUCAUUUGUUAAACCAGAACAAAUGUCUGUCAGAGGAAUGCGGGAUGAAGCAACAGCUUGUCAGAGAGCAUAACAAGUGGGAAAGCCCUUUAAUAAAUCCUGGAUUAAAGUUGUCUCUGAACAGGUUUCAGAACUGUACAUUUGGUAUUCAGAAUGUGUUUUCAGUCCUCCUCGAUAAAAUACCAAAGAACAAAAGAAAUGCAAAGGUUUUCAAUAAUCGACAACAGUAUUGAGUGUGUGGUGUGUACUGAAGUGAAAUGUGUAAAGGUAGACCAAAUAAAUGUAAUGUUAGCAAAUAUGAAAAAUAAAAAAGGUGUUUAUUGAAACUUUUAAUUUUAAGGAAAAAAACUUAGUAAUUUCCUUUGCUUUUCACUUUUCGCUCAAUAUUGUUUAGUGCUCUGGCAGGAAAUGGCUUCUGAGUUGGUGGCAUAGAACAUACAUUGUGUUUCAACUUGAAAAUUUUAAAUUCAUUAAGAAAUUCUAUUUUUUUUAGCAAACGUUCUUUGUGUCAUCUGAAUUGAUGGAUAAAUAUUUUCCCCCCUGUUUAAGAUAUUUAUCUGGGUGUUGAUGUGGUUAUCUAAAACAGUCUGAAUAUUGCCUAUUAAACUUGACAUUCGUUGAUAGGAACAUUACACCUGUCCUCUGCGCAAAUUGCUACCUUUUAUUCCUGUUGGCUCUAUUCAGCAGCUGAAUUCUGUCACAUUCUACAAAUAUUUGAGGUUCCAGUGAUAUGAGCACUAAAAUGCCAAGUUCUUGUGAUGGGAUAAGGAUAGAACUUUGUACAAAGGAGACAUAAUGCUGGAUUUCCAUGCAAACAAUAUGGAAUAAAACAUAAAUUGUUUUAAACUGUGUUUAAAUUUGUGUUUUUAAAGUAUCUAACCAACCCUGGGACCUCAGCAUAAAGGGUACGCAAUAAAUAAUAAUAGCAAUAAUAGCCCCAGUCCCACAACAGCAAUUUGGGGGAACCUUCCUCUUCCACUAGAGCUGGGAUGUCACAACAGGUCAGUCAUGAUCUAUCGGACUAUCGUGGGGCGUCCCUGGUUGAUCGCGUGACCCCCUCCCCCAAAAACAAGCUCAACAACUUUGGUCAAUUCAAUCCAAUGGGUAGAUCACUGCCAGUUUUCUUGGGAGUUGGAACCAUAUUUUUUAAAAAAAUCCUUCCAGUAGCACCUUAGAGACCAACUAAGUUAGUUAUUGGUAUGAGCUUUUGUGUGCAUGCACACUUUUCAGAUACCUGGUGAGGUUGAUGGACUUCCAUUUAUGUGGCUCAAUGUGGUGCCUUCCAUAGUUCUAGUUACAGGUAGGUAGCCGUGUUGGUUUGCCGUAGUC